CUGCGUGUGCUAUUCAUAUUGUAUAAGGCACGUUUGGAUACUAAUCCUUCAUUGGAUAUAUUGUAACCUUGAUGUUAAAAUUGUUCUUUUAGAACAUACGGUACUUUGGUCGCCGUAUAAACGUUCAAUAUUUGUGAAUCAAUAUGUUAGGAAUACGUUUAACUAAACUAAAAGGAUUUCUACUGUUAACCAUUUCACUUCAUAUGUUUGUGCUCUUGUCAUUGUGGUUUUUGAAAAAACCAUCGAAUGCAAAUGAGGUUCAAGUACAGUUGACAUCGAUGGGACCAAUGAUUUCAAGUAAGGAAAGGUUUCGCAUUCUCUGGUAUAACCCAUCUAAACACUUUACAGAACGUCAUGCAGAUGUGUUUAAUUGUGGAUUUGAAAAGUGCAAAUACAAUAACUGUGAUAUGACUGUAAAUACAUCAGAUGCAAAUAUCAGUCAGGCUAUCAUUUUUGAUGGUCGUAGAAUGCCAGAGAAAGUAGACUUCACUCGUCCAAAUGGCCAGAUAUGGAUUUUCGCAGCUCACGAAACUCCUAUUUCAUACAAGGACACAGGGACAUGGUGGUAUAGUAAUAAAGACUACUCCUUCAACUGGACGAUGACUUAUGACAAAGAUAAUUCUGACAUAUAUUUGCCAUACGGAGAAAUACUGAAACACAAAACAGAAGUAAUAAGGGACUACGAAUCAAUUUCACAAAAGAAAAACAAAACUCUCUUAAUAAUAGUUUCUCAUUGUAAUGUCAGGUCUAAACGUCAGGAAUAUGUAAAUAAGUUAAAGAAAUAUGUUGACGUUGAAGUAUUGGGACUUUGUGGGAAAAAGUGGACAUGUGGUACUAACCUCAAACACGACGAAGACUGCUUUAAACUUUUAAAUACAACUUAUAGGUUUUAUCUAGCCUUCGAAAAUGCGUUUUGCCAUCAAUAUAUAACAGAGAAAUUUUACGAUAAUUUCAAUUAUGAUCUAAUUACGUUGGUACGUGGUGGAAGCCCUGGCGAAACGAAACAAAUAUUUCCCAAGGGAACAUUUGUAUCCACCGAUGAAUUCGAAUCCGUUCAAGAUCUUGCACACUUUCUUAAACAUAUCAGUGUUGAAACGUAUGCCGCCCAUUUAAAGCGGAAAAGUCAAUAUUACUCAGCUGGGUAUUUGUAUGUAUAUCAAAGAGCUAUGUGCAACCUAUGUGAAAGGAUGAAUAAUCAGAGCAAAUAUGCAAAAACAAUCACAGAUAUAAAGGAAUGGGCAUAUGGCCCUAAACCUUGCAUUGAUUCAAAGGACGUGACAGAUGUGCGAUGAAUGAACGUUAAACAGCAGUUUAAAUUUUUAUACAUAGGUGUGUUUUUAUGAUUUAUUUUUAUGUCAACAAUAAGGAAUCACCCAUAAUUUGUGUGAAAGGAUAAUUGUUCAACAAUGUUCAAGCAAGUAUGCAAAAACUAUAACAAAUGUCAAUAAAUGAAUGAGCAUUUAUUCUUUUCCAUGUAUUAUUCAAAAUUACAUGUAAGUUCGCAAAGAACUAUUUUUAAUGUCUAUAGAAUAUGCUUUUUAUGCAUUCAUUUUCUAGCAACCUUUAAUUUUAAAAUAAAUAAUGAAUAUACGCGUGUUUGAAGAGUAAGUCACAAAAUUGAUAGGUAGAUUUAAUGUUGCUGAAAAACUUUUUGCGUAAAUGUUGCAAUUUAUCAAAAUUUGUAGAGAACUUAUAGUAACCUCAUCUUAACACAUCUGCGGAUGUUCAACAUUUUCCCAGUUCAUGCAAAAUGUGAAUUCUACUUGGGCCGGUGCUAGCAGACGUGAAAGGUGUCUUGCUUGUUCAUUAAUAGAUCAAUCAAGUCGAGCCUGCAACAUUUUCAAUUUUGUCGUUGUGGGCGUUCUUAAGGAUUUAAUCUAAUUUUCUUUUGUUCAUUUCCCAGAUUUUGUUAUGUUUAAAAUGAAUGAAACAUAAUUUUCUCGUUAUAUUACUUUUGGAUCUUUAAAAGACAUUAGACCAUAUUAUACUUAUAAAGAAAAUGAACUUGCUAGCGCCGGUGGUACAAGUACUACCUUUCAGAACGACAUGCAAGAACUUAUUGGUGGUUUAAUCCUGUUUCCUUUUACUAAAAUUUCCUUAAGUGUUCCUCAUAGGCCGGUCUUAGGACCUCUUCUAUUUUCAAACGUUGUCUUUGGUUUGUUGGUUUGGUUACCUGUUUCCAAACGUGUUGAUCAAAUUAAUUUGCCACAAGUCUUUAG